AUGAGCACCCUGUACACUAACACGGGGCGCCACUACCCACCAGGGACCACAGUGGAGGAGUCUGAUGGUGACGGUGACGACUACGAAAACAUGGCGCCACCCUACAAGGACCUGCCUCCCAAGCCAGAUUCCAUGGCUCCCCCGCGGCCUCCCAGGGCAGGAAAGAAACCGGAGACCCCUCCUCUCCCUAGCAAGCCCCUGAGGAUGACAGCCCUGGGCCUCCCGCCUGUGCCCCGCAAGUCUCAUCAGUUGGUGACUGGCAUGGCGGGGCUGGCUGGCCUGAAGAAGGACAUUGACCGUGUCAGAGCAGACACCAACCAGUCCCUGGUGGAACUUCGGGGUUUGUUAGACUGUACCAGGAUCACCUGCCCUGAGGGCUGGCUCCCCUUUGAGGGCAGGUGUUACUACUUUUCUCCCAGCACCAAGUCAUGGGACGAAGCCAGGAAGUUCUGCCAGGAGAAUUAYUCUCACUUGGUCAUCAUCAAUUCCUUUGCUGAGCACACUGGAGACUCGAGUUUCUGGGCCCCACAGGAGCCCAACAACAUCUACGAGGAGGACUGUGCCAGCAUGAACAACGGCGGCACCUGGAACGAUCUCUCUUGUGCCAAAACUACAUAUUGGAUUUGUGAGCGGAAAUGUUCCUGUUGA